CCAAACAUUGAAGAAAUCGGUUCAUGUCGUAAACUUAGCUAGCACUAUUAUUUUUUCAGUACAUUUUUUCUAACGUUUUUCAAAUUAUUGGUGUCUAAGUUACUCUACCUUCAAUUGAAUGGAUUUUAACAUCUGAAAAGGCUUUGAGCGUGAUGGAUGCAUCGUUGCUCCCUCAAAAAGACAGCGCUUCGCCUGAGUCAGCUUGUAAAUUUUGAUAAAUUGAAAGGAUUACGCUAUGAACUAGUUCCUUAACCAAGUUUUGACCCAAGCGACUUUUGCCUCUCUCCCAGGCUUAAAAAAUAUCGCGCUGAAAAAAGUUUUUACUAAAAUGAAGUGAUCAAGGGAAACAAACGUCUUUUUAGAAGGGCUCGAAGCUUCAUAUGUACUGUCGAACUGUUACUGUAGGACCAGGGUUGUAGGAAUAUAACCUUAUUUUCAUUCAACAAAACUUUAUUUUAUUUAUGAGCCAAAGACUUUUCAGCCUAUGUGUAUCUAGUAUUAUGCCUAAAUACUUAAUAAAUUGUUAUCAGCGUAUUCGCUUGGCAACGAACAAAGUUUAUAAAACAAACAAAAUUAGUUUUGAAAUUGAGGGAAACAGUUAGUCAUUUGAAUCAGCAAUGAAUACAACAAGCAGGACUGGCUUGGUACCAGCUAAGAAGAGAAACUUCGUAAUAAAAGAAAAGCGGAAGAAAUCUACAGAAACUUUACUACUCAAAUUUGAAGCUUCCCCAGUAGUUCUAUCACUACGACCCCUGGGUGGACUGUAUAAUCCUUUUGCCAAGGGCUGUUCGGUACUAUGUAACCAUCCAGCGCCACCAGACUUAAAAAAUAUAAUUAGCCAAAUGAAAACGUCGCUGACAGUGGAUGGCAAAAGUGUGCAGCUGCAGAAAGAUAAAAACGUUGCGACAUCACUUCAUGAUACCGACAACAUACCGGAAGACCUUUUUCGACGUUACACGGACACAGACUCACGCCCGUUGACACCAACUCCGACAGUUACCAGUGUGCAUACUAGAAACAGCACAAGUUCAUUCUUGAACAAUAGACGCUGUAUAACACCUGAAUUGGGUAAAAAUGAGAUAAUCAAGAGGAAAAAGAUUAUAUUGGAUUUGCGAAGAACACACUCUCAAGAAACACUUUAUUGGAAACCCUCAUCAGAUAUGUCACAAAGCAACACCGACACUGGUGGGCUUAAGCCGAAAAGUGCCGGUGCAAAUGAGGAGCGCAAAAGCAAGCACUUACGUGGCGAAGAACUGCGGCCUAAUACCUCUUUGGGUAAUGUGCAAGUUGGUGAUGGGGUGAAAGAUAUGGAAAGCGUGGACAUAAAGAAAGUAAAAACUUGCAUUAAUGAGCAACAUAUAGAUGACGAAGACAUACGGCGUGGCAAGAAGAGAAAAAAGUUGAAACCCACUACAACUACGACAGCUACAUUUCACCUUAGCGAAGAUCCUGAAACACAAGUUGCUGCGCUCGGUCCGGACUCACUGAACCCGAGCACACGUCCAAGUCUUAUACCCAAUGUGGCGAGUUUGCUGCCAAGCAAAGAAAAACGCGAGAGUGAACCAAUACUUUUGAAAGGCAGUUUUCUAACGGACGAAGCUUUUCAAGCAUUAAAAACGGAACUGGAUAUCGAUGUUAUCGAAAACACUUUUGAUAAAUAUUUGAAUCACGCUUUACGUGAGGCUUUUAAAUAUUUACCGGAGAAGAAACCAAAACCAAUCAAGAAAGCUGUUGAAAAAUAUGAAAAUCCUGCGUUCACUUUCAAAGCCAAAUUGCCACGUAAGCUUUCAAAGUCAGCAACAAGAUUUGAUGUACCGUUAGACCCGAAAUUACUAGAAGAAAUGACCGUUUUAGGCUAUCUAGGCAAAUAUGUGUGGGUCUCUGAUCAACGAAAGCAGCUCUUCAAAAGAGUUUUCCUUCAAUAUUUGCCGACAGAAGUAAUAGAACAUGAUGAAACAACAGACAAUAUGGUAAAGAAUGAUGGCAAUGCCGAAGACGACUCUUAUCGGGUGUUAAACGAGUACGUAGAACGUAAAAUACCAGUCAGUUGCUUUCCGAAAGCAUUAGAAGAUGUUCUAGAAUUUUAUGGCACCGAGCAAAAAAUAUCGAAAAUAUUACAUUUAAUAGAAUAUGAAAAUGAAGAAUCUUCUAAGGAAAUUGAUUUUCGUACUUGGUGUGGCGUUGUGUCGUUUGCUGAACGGUUGGCGCUGGAAAAUUCCAAUGCGUCGGACUCAUGUGAUGAGGACUUACAAACAACCGUUAUGUGAACAAAACUAUAAUACUCUCUUUAGCAACUUUGUUGCGAGAGUAUAAAAAUCGACUCGUUUUUAAGUACCCAAAUUCGCUUUUACUAAUGAGGUAUCUGGCGGUAGGUAUAAAACGCUAGGGGUAGAGAUCACCGAAUUAAAAAACUCAACAUUGAUAUCCUCAACGUAAAGAAGCGGACCAAACGUCGCUGGAAGACAACCCUGCUACCACUAGCGGGCACAACGAUUCUUGAAGCUGCCACAGUCUAUUAAGACUCGAACCAAGAAAAUGCUGCUAGUAUAAACCCGGAAGAGGAAAAAGAACUUCUUCACUUUCAUGAGUAGGUGACCGAAGAUUCCAACUCUGAUAACAAGAAAGGCCCUGGUAGAGGGCAAGCAAGAAUAUGCAACCAACUCGAGGGCAAGUCCAAUCUGAAGGAAGAAGAGGUGAAACGGUUGGUUUUGGACAGAGUGGGAAUGAAAUACGUCCGAGCACACUUCGCUACUUGUGGUGCCAUGCAACUGACUCAUCAUUUUCACAAGAAAGAGGCAGAGUUUGACAUUUGACGUCCAUAGACCACAGUAACCCGCUGGCCCAGAUGUCACAGGAACGGUGGAAAAAAGUGAGAUUAAGCUCUUGGAUGCUCUCUUCUCGAGGAUGGACGCCGAACCAAGCUCACCCAUGCCGCCAUUUGAUGGAGCAUAAUGGUUUAACGGUAAGAGAAGCGGUCAGAACACUUCCAAACCUAUAGUAAGAUGCAAAAUUGGAUGUGGUGGACCACAGCAAUAUUCUAUCGUCCUUACUCCUUGCAUCUUGCUGUAUACCACGAUUGUGAUGCACCAACGGCGGAGCUUAAACGGCUGGCGGUUACAUCCAGUAGAAAGAAGUGAGCGCAUAUUUUUUUCAUAUUUUUUAAUCUUAGAGAUGAGUUCCUACUCAAUUUUAUUUUAGUGCCAGCUUAUUAAGGUGAGGAACUUACCUAUAUAGAACCCACCUUCAGAAACGUCCUAGACAUAACGCUAUAUACCAGUAAAAAUGCAAUAGUGGCACUAACCACUCCGCCAUUCUCUGACCAUCUUCUUCUUCAUAACAUCGGAAGCAAAGAUCAGACACGAAAUUCCGAGAAAUACCAGAAACACAAACUGGAAUCUCUACAGGCAGAUACUAUUAGGCAAGAGACCUAGAUCUUGAGUGUAUAACUCACAUGAAGGGCGUAAAAAGGGCGGGACUGCAUUCACGAAACGCAAAAGUAGCGGAUGGAUAAUUGUGACGAUUCAUUGGAAGUUCUAGCCAGUGUCCACUUUCCUGACUGUAAGGAUGCAGAAAGUAUUAACUAUGACGAGAAUAGCGCGGUAAACUUUCCGAAUACAUCUUUACGGAGAAUAAAAUAUAAUGGGCAGUCCGCUCAUUCUACCCAUACAAAUCGCCCGGUAUGAACAAUCAUUCAUUCAACUGUGUGCCACACUCAUGGAGAGAGCUAGGAUAAUUUUCAUAUCGAAGGCAGCUAGAAGCAAACCAAUAAGCUUAACUUCCUUCCUGCUGAAAAAGUUAGAGAAAAUCUUGGGCUUGGCCUUCUGAAAGCUUGUCCAAUGGGCAAAACACAAAUUUAAUAUUAAAAGAGCCGUAGAAUAUAAAGAAUACGUUCUUGGAGUGCUUCUGGACAUUUCUGGAGCAUUAAAGAAAUUUUUUCGGAAUCCAUUCGAGACUAUAGUUGUUGAUCCUCCCAUAGAAUGAACAACGCUAGAAUGACGAAGGAAGUCUAUCGAGGCACUCCGUAGGUUUGAGUGCUAUAUCCGCCCCUAUAGACAUUAGUGGUGAAUAAACUGUUAAGAAAAUUUCCCAGCAAAACCCCAAAGAUACUGGCAUAUGGUGACAUUUUUAUAACGGGAAAGUGUCUAUCUACCUCGUGCAGGAUUAUGAGCUCCACUCUCGACACAGUUCAGAAUUGGGCAUCGAAAGCGGGUUGGGAUUGAAUCCGGAGAAAAUAGAUCUUCUUGUGGUCACAAGAAAAUACGAAAUCCCUUAAUUGAUGUUCCAAUCGAUAAGUGGUACCCAGCUCUCCCUCAACAACCGCAUCAAGUCUCUGGGCCCAACGUGAAAUAAAGAGUGAGAGAGGCCAGCAAUGCAUACAGGCAUAUGCAUACAGACAGAUGGUCGGCAUAACCUGGAGAAUUUCUCCCUAUACAUUACCCUCGUACUACACACCUAUUGUAACAUAAAUUCUGUUCUAAGGUGCAGUAUUAUAGGCGUACAAAAAUCUAUCUACCGAAAGCCAAUGGAACGAGUUCAGGUGCUCGCUGCACUCUGCAUAAUGAAAGCUCUACGAACCAGUCCAAUGGCGGUUCUUGAACUAAUGCUAAUGCUGCGCGACAACUGGCUGCAUGAGAAUUUACAUAUAGAACCUUUAAGUUCGGUGGGAAAUGCUCCCAUUUCCAAUUGGCUUUAAAAUGGAGGACGGAGUUGGUAUCGGAAAUUCUGAACACAGUUAGACAUAAGGCAGCCUUUUAACCUGUUGGACCAGCGGUAGCAAUGAAAUACGAGGUGUGUUCAAAAAGUAUCGCGAAUUUUGUGUUUUUUCAAAAAAAUUAUUUAUUUAUUCAGGAAUAUCUAUUUUGUCCCCUUCAAAGUAAUCCCCAUGAGAUAUUAUACACUUGUGUCAACGGUUUUUCCAAUCUUCGAAGCACUUCAAAAAAUCAUUUUUUAUAUCCUGAACACUGUUCAGUGAACAGGGUAUAUUAAGUUUGUCACGAUGUUUGUAACACCCAGAAGGAAGCGUCGGAGAGCUUAUAAAGUAUAUAUAUAAAUGAUCAGUAUGUUGAGCUGAGUCGAUUUAGCCAUGUCCGUCCGUCCGUCCGUCUGUCUGUCUGUAUAUAUACGAACUAGUCCCUCAGUUUUUAAGAUAUCCUUUUGAAAUUUUGCAAACGUCAUUUUCUUUUCAAGAAGCUGCUCAUUUGUCGGAACGGCCGAUAUCGGACCACUAUAACAUAUAGCUGCCAUACAAACUGAACGAUCGGAAUCAAGUUCUUGUAUGGAAAACUUUCACAUUUGACAAGAUAUAUUCACGAAAUUUGGCAUGGAUUACUGCUUAAGGUAACAAUAUAAUCUCCGAAGAAAUUGUUCAGUUCGGUUAACUAUAACAUAUAGCUGCCAUACAAACUGAACGAUCGGAAUCAAGUUCUUGUAUGGAAAACUUUCACAUUUGACGUGCUAUCUUCACGAAAUUUGGCAUGGAUUACUGCUUAAGGUAACAAUAUAAUCUCCGAAGAAAUUGUUCAGUUCGGUUAACUAUAACAUAUAGCUGCCAUACAAACUGAACGAUCGGAAUCAAGUCCUUGUAUGAAAAACUUUUCCAUUUAACAAGAUAUAUACACGAAAUUUGGUACAGAUUAUUUUCUAAGACAACUAUGUAAUCCGAAGAAAUUGUUCAGAUCGGAUUACUAUAGCAUGUAGCUGUCAUAAUAAACUGAACAGAUAGUUACUAACAGAAAUGCACCUGUGAAGGGUAUUUAGCUUCGGUGCAACCGAAGUUAACGUUUUUUCUUGUUUUUUUUUUAUCUUCUUCAGCUCCUCCUUCGAUGCCGUCUUUAUCUCGUCAAGAGAAGCGUAACGUCGUCCUUUCAUGGGCUUCUUCAGUUUAGGGAACAAGAAAAAGUCACAGGGGGCCAGAUCUGGGGAAUACAGUGGCUGCGGCAUCAUUAGUGUGUUGUUUUUGGCUAAAAAGUCGCGCACAAGCAACGAUGUGUGUGAGCAGGGGCGUUAUCGUGGUGCAAAAGCCAAUUUUUGUUCUUCCACAAAUCCGGGCGUUUCUGGCGGAUUGCUUCGCGCAAAUUGCGCAUAACUUGCAGGUAAUAUUCCUUAUUGACCGUUCUUCCCUGUGGCAAGAACUCAUGAUGCACCUCGCCCCUGCAAUCGAAGAAAACUGUCAAUUACGAUUCGCGAUACUUUUUGAACACACUUCGUAGUUGACGGGGUAACAACUGCAGAAAAUAUCAAAAGCAUCGCACCAGGGAAACAAUGGUGCAUCUCUUGUGCCCUUGUUCUGCCUUCGUAAUGCAAUUCUUAAAACAUUUUGGGGGCCCCGUGAGACAUUUGACGAUGUAUCGAUAGUGAAACCGCAGACCUUAUUGAAAUUCACGUCAAGCGAUAGCAUCUUGAAGGAUGACUACUUCUCAGUAGUGUGUAGUUAUUUUUGAUAGGUAUUAUAUUUAUUUUGACUUAACUAAAUUUAGGGAACGUGCCGAGCAAUGUCAUUAAAAAGUUUACAAUUUGUCUAAAUUAUGGAAAUGUAAUAUUUGAACUAUUUUGUUAUAUUGAUGCGUAUAUC